AUGAGCCUUGAUCCGAGCUCGUUCCCAAGGUCCAAUUCCCCCGCAAGCUCGGACAGCUCUCUGACGCGCUCCCGGCUACGGGGGAAAGAAGUUUCCUCAGGUUCUUUGAAAAAGGACAAGAACUAUCGCCGAUAUGCGUCCAGCGUUGAACGUGCCCUGUCGCUCUUCGACAACACUCUCCAGGAAUGGGCCGACUAUAUCUCGUUUCUCAGCAGGCUCCUCAAAGCCCUCCAGACACAUCCUCCAGAUCUACCUGUCGUUCCGCAUAAGGUACUUGUCGCCAAGCGGUUAUCCCAGUCUAUGAACCCAUCCCUACCCUCAGGAGUUCACCAGAAGGCGCUCGAAGUCUAUACCUACAUCUUUAAUCUAAUCAAGCCGGAAGGCCUCUCGCACGACCUACCUUUAUACUACCCGGGCAUUGCUCCGACCCUGACCUUCGCCUCCCUUACCGUGCGCCCGCUCUUCCUGUCUUUGGUGGAAACAUACGUGUGCGAUCUGGAACCAUGGGCGAUCCGGCCAGCUCUGAAGGCGAUCAUUCUGUCGUUACUGCCAGGACUUGAGGAGGAAACGAGUGAUGACUUCGACCCUACACUGCGCUUGAUCAAUACUCUCCGUGAAAUUGCCAGUCGAAUGGACACGCAACGACCGGGGGCGGAAACAAAUUCAAGCGGCCAAUAUUUCUGGCAAUGCUUUUUCCUCGCCUCGAUUACAAGCCCGAGCAGGCGGCUCGGUAUACUGGCUUACUUGAACCGUUAUCUCCCUAAACUGGGCAUCACUGACCGGAGACCGAGUAGGCAAGAGGAAGCAGACGGCAGCACAAUGUCCCGUGAGAUGCUGGUGGCAGUGGACUCGGUCAUUCUCCCCGAACCCGGGUUGCUUAUUCGGUGCUUCGCAACAGGUCUUACCGAUGAACAAGUAUUGGUUCAGCGGAACUUUCUUGACUUGCUUGUCACGCAUCUCCCCCUAAGUUCACCUAUCUUGCAAUCCCGAAUAACUGAAGACGACCUUCAACGGCUUCUCGUAGCGGCAGCGGGUGUUGUUGCUCGCCGAGACAUGAGUUUAAACAGGAGACUUUGGGCUUGGCUUCUGGGACCGGAUCCUGUCGGUGACCGUGCUUCUUUUGAGGCACGCCCUUCAACAUCUAGCGGAUCAUCGAAAACUCCCGCUGAAAGCCAGGAGCUUUCCCAAAGCCAAUAUUUCAGUCGGUUUGGAUUGCAACCAUUGGUGAAAGGCUUGCUCCAAAUGCUUAAGCGGGAUGCUAGCAUGCCGUCGGAGAAGGCAAGGCCUUUUCGGAUAACCCUUUCGCUCAUGGACCGAUGGGAGGUUGGCGGCCAUGUUGUACCGGCGGUUUUUCUACCGUUCAUUCGAAGCAUUCAAGCUUACGAGCAGACGGCAGAUAGGCCUCAUUUUGACGAGGUAUUUCGAAGCGCUACGUCUUUUUUUGAUGGAGUGGAAAGUGGCAUGAUAUUCUCAGAACUUCUCAACCUGAUCGAUUGGGACUCGAAUAGCCUUGCUAGUGAUAGUCCUCGAAUACUGGACAACUUGAAUCUAGCCCAUUUUAUCCUGAACCACUUCAAUGUUCAUGAGGAAGACAUGGUCUUGAAUCAUGCCCCGUUGCUGAUCUUGGCCGCCUUGAUCAAAAUGAGCGAGUUCUCUACUGCCUCGGUGGCCCAUGAUCAACUACGGACAGUGACGACGAAUAUGUUGAAGGUGAUAACUUCUUUGACAGGACUACUCAUCGAUCGCGCCUUUCUCCGAAGACCAGAAUCCAAGAAUUCAAUGAAUGGACACUCGAUGCUCGACCGUCCAGGGCCUGCGAUCCUAGGAACUAUACAUCAGUUCUAUGAUCAAAGCAGAAACAGCCUCGACCCGCAGCCGCCUCCUUUUCCGCCUAGAGACCUAGCGGAUCUGAUCAUCAAGAAUGUUUACGAACAGGCCAUAUCCGCUGUUGAGGCACGGGAUAACACUAUAUCCUUAUCAGAAAGACUUCAUCUUUUGAUCGUGGUGCUGAAGAAGCUUCCGAGGUCGCGUAUCUUGCGGGACAAGAGACUCUACCUAGCCAUCAGCAACCGGAUCCAGUCGACCACGGUCGAGCCAUCAACGGCUUCAUUCUCUCAUAUAUCUUCCAUGUCGUCCACAAUAACAAGCCUAUACUGCAUUCACAAAUUGGGCUACUAUAUUAGCUACGAGGAGGUCGCUGACUUGAUCCCAUCGCUUGUCAACCACUUGUGGCAAUUCCUCUCACCAUUGAGCCCGAAGUUCCAUGUUGAGGCCGUUCGCUGCCUAUGGAACCUGCACUCAGUCUCGUGGUCUGACCACUUAGUCGAAUCAGCCAUUACAUCCUUAUUGUUUACUUCACAAGCGCCUGGGUCAUACCAACUAUCUUCCGAGGAAGAGGCGGGAAGAUACUUUACUCUUUGGAACCACAGUCAUCAUGGUACAUAUGAGUUACCUCCAAAGCAUCUCCAUGACUCUGCUCGAUCGCAAACUUCUUAUCAUUCUUCAAUGCUUGAACGGCCGCUUUUCACCGUUCUGGAUCUGUUGUCUCAAGUGUCAACGCAACCCGCCCAGGUCGUUCAGGCGUGGCUUCAAGAUCUUCCAUCGGUAGCCAAGGUGUUUCGUAUCGUUAUCUCAAAACUUGAGAGCGCCUUGCAGCGCGGAAACCAACUAGGGACCUUCGAGGGCAAUACUGUUGUAUCACCGGACGACUAUGCUGAGUGCAACUACCUUUUAGAGACAAUUCACAACGCUCUGGGAGCUCUUACUCAUAAUGGGUGGGUUGCGCUUCUUACACAAACUAUGGCGCAAAAUAGCAGGCGGCGAGAUGCCUCUGCUUCAGAGGACAGUGCUGAAGCCCCUAGUCUCCACUCUAUCAUAUUUCAAGCAUCUUUGAAGGUUGUCAGCGGCUAUAAAUCCGAUACUGCAACCGCGGACGCGGAUGAGGUCAGAUUGCAACAGAUAUCUCUGGUAGUCAUGCGUCAACUCCUGCUAGGACCUGGUGUCGAAGAGCUAGUCGAAUCCGGAAUUGAUUCGCUCCUUGUUGAUCGACUUCUACUCACGCUAAACCAGGGCGGUGAUGUUGCAAUUCAAGCAGCGUUGAUUGACACUCUUCUGGCGGUCCUAAAGACUCGCUUCAACCAAGCUUACUUCCCGCCGCCCCCUCCGAAACCUAAACACCAGAGAGGAGGUUCUCGUGAGAAACUGACCAGCCCGUCUCUUUUGUCCUUCACAAGCGACAAGCCAGAAAAAUCACCCAUGUUGCCGCCGUCGCCCGAGCCUCCUCAACGCCUGCUAGAUUGUCUGCUUAAAGGUCUCAGCUCCCCGAACUCGAAAGCCAUCAUCGAUAAAUGGACCAUGCUUCUCUGUGAAAUUCUUCCAAUCUAUUCAGGGUCUAUAUUUCAGAUUCUUCUGACUUUGGUGGAUUGCUUGGGCAAAGAGAUUAAACAGUCAUACGCUAACCUCCAGUCCGCAUUCAAACAAAACGAGGGCUGGCCUGAAGAUCGCUCGGAGCAGAUCACCAUAUCACUGCUCACUGGUUUUGAAACGUGUAUUGCAGCUGCUCACGAGCGCCUUCUCAUAGAGGAAGCAAACACCCCCGCAGUGAAAAGUCCAGAUCAAACCCAUGGCUUCUUUGGAAAUAUGGUAUCUGGCGUUUUUGCGUCCGAUUCCAGUCAUCCGCGCUCUGCUGCAAUGAACAAUAGACUCACUGUCCUGCUAUCAUUCCAAGAUGCCGUGCGUCUUUGUUUCUCUAUCUGGUCGUGGGGUGCCGCGGAGCGAAGCAGCCCUUCUCAAGAUGCAGAGUCGAUAGCAUCGUUUCGAUAUACGUCACUGCGAAUGCGGAACAGGUCUCGUCGAAUCCUAGAGCAUCUGUUCACUGCCGAGGCACUGGAAUGUCUGGAGACAAUGGUAGAUAUGUGGAUAAAGUCUGACGGCGACGCAUCGCCUCUGAUCUUCAAUCUGCUUCACACUUUGGAUGGCUCUCGCCCGAAGAUUGCUAUCCCCGCUAUCUUCAAUGCUAUCUAUACGCGAACAAACCCAGCUGCGCUUGAUCCUAGCCGCAAGUCGACCAUGACGACCACCUUGACAGAGUCUGAGUUGGCAGGGUUCUUGGUGACUUACGCUAAAUCUCUUGACGACGAUGUGCUCGAUGAGAUAUGGCUAGAUUGCACAACUUUCCUUCGGGAUGUGUUAAACAAUCCUUUCCCUCAUAGGCAGAUUCUCCCACGGCUAGUCGAAUUCGCUGCCAUUCUGGGUGCAAAGUUAGAGAACACGAACUUUGGCGAAGAUCGCAGGAUGAGAAAGGAACUGGGUGAUGUGCUUUUACGCCUUCUGACCGCGAUAUUUACAACCAAACCUAUGGGAUUUCCGCAGGAGCAAGGACUUCUAGGUCGGGGCUCAUUGGAUUGCGACAAUUCAUCUGCAUCGCGCAUCGGACCGGAUGACAUGUUGAGUAUCCUCGCUGCAUCUAUGCCCGCAUUUUCAACAACAUUGGGCGACAUGGACCGAAUCACCACCGCCGUAUCGGGUAUAUCAACUAACGUUAUCGGGCCACUUAUGCGUGCUCGACUUUUCCCCAAUAAUCUCAAUCACAGCUUUAUGACUUUGCUGCAGCAUGUUUCAAAGAUUCCACAGGCGGCGAAGGUCUGGAAAAAGGAUGUGGCUGAAGCCUUCAACGAUCCCCGUUUCUUCGGGUCGCAGCUGGACCUUGUAAAAAGCGGCUGGAUGGCCCUCCUGCGGCAAUGGGUCUUGGUCGACAAAGACCGAUUGUCAGAGAUAAUGACCCGCCUCACACCACCAGCUACAGCCGGCAUAAUGUUCGGCGUUGGGGCCUCUGCUGCUCGUCUGGAUGCUGAUCGUAAAGCUCAAUUGAAUCUCCGCCGGAUAAGUCUGCUGGUACUGUCUGCAGCCGAGGACUAUUUCAUCGCAGAGAUGCCGGCGCUGCUGCAAAAAUUGGAGGAUCUUCUUGGGGCUACCGCUUCGUCAUCCCCAUCAUCCGCGACAAGAGCAGAAAUCUUCAUGGUUCUUCGAGCGCUCACCUUGAAGAGCACAGCGACUGUACUGAGCCCAUUUUGGCCGUUGAUAAACAGUGAGCUCCAAGAAGCUAUCUCCGCAAUCUCGGCAGGAAGCCAGCAAGAGCUAUACAAUUCGUACUCUUUGCUCCAGGCCUGCAAGCUUCUGGACACCUUGCUCGUUCUCGCGCCCGACGACUUCCAGCUUCUUGAAUGGCUUUAUGUAACUGAUACUGUUGACGCCAUAUAUCCCCCAGAGCAAUUCGAACCCACAGCACUUGCAGAUGAAGUAUCUCACAAUCUGGGCGUCCGAUGGUCUACGUCGUCCGAUCCAGCUCGGCAAGCGUCCAGCCUCCACCAUGGCAUACGGCAUCCGGGACUAACGGCGGACUGGAUACGCGACACAGCCAAGGACGAGAUUGUGGAUCGUGCUCUCCGACCAUUCUUUGACCAACUUAGCAUUCAUGCGUUUGAAAGCACCUACAGCAUCAGCAGCCCGAACUUGGAAGCGUGCCGUGAUGAUCUGCUGGCAGAUUUGUUCAACGAGAGUACUAUGGCUAACUAA